GACCUCGACGAGGGAGUCUCCCGGCGGAAUUCUUUUGCCAUGGCACCGCCCCCGCCACUUCCGCCCCGGACGCAGCAGUCCCUCCCCGACGCCGGAAGUGCCUCGGCCUUGCUUCCGCUGAGUCUUCCCCCACCCCGACGCGGAGGGGAGGACUUGCUUCCGGCCCCGGGUGGGCGCCGGCUCCGCUCCCCGUGCGUUCCGGAGCGGUGCCCCGGGAGCAUCGUUCUCCCGGACGCCGGCGCCGGGGGCUCGGGCCGCGCCAGGACUGCGCCGGUCCGGACGCGAGGCCCGGGCGGGGCCAUGAACGGGACCGCGAACCCGCUGCUGGACCGCGAGGAACACUGCCUGCGGCUCGGGGAGAGCUUCGAGAAGCGGCCGCGGACCUCCUUCCACACCAUUCGCUAUGACUUUAAGCCAGCAUCUAUAGAUACUUCCUGUGAAGGAGAGCUUCAGGUUGGCAAAGGAGACGAAGUCACAAUUACACUGCCGCACAUCCCUGGAUCCACACCACCAAUGACUGUGUUUAAGGGGAACAAACGACCGUAUCAGAAAGACUGUGUGCUUAUUAUCAAUCAUGACACCGGUGAAUAUGUUCUGGAAAAACUCAGUAGCAGCAUUCAGGUCAAGAAAACAAGAGCUGAAGGGAGCAGUAAAAUCCAAGCCAGAAUGGAACAGCAGCCCACUCGUCCCCCGCAGCCACCACAGCCACCUCCACCUCCACCUCCACCUCCACCACCACCUAUGCCAUUCAGAGCUCCAACGAAGCCUCCAGUUGGACCCAAAACUUCUCCCUUGAAAGAUAAUCCCUCACCUGAACCUCAGCUGGAUGACAUCAAACGAGAACUGAGGGCCGAAGUUGACAUUAUUGAGCAGAUGAGCAGCAGCAGUGGGAGCAGCUCCUCAGACUCUGAGAGCUCAUCAGGAAGCGAUGACGACAGUUCCAGCAGCGGAGGCGAGGACAACGGCCUGGCCUCUCCUCCCCAGCCUUCACACCAGCAGUCCUACAACAGCAGGCCGGCCGUAGCCAAUGGGACCAGCCGGCCUCAAGGAAGCAACCAGCUCAUGAACACCCUCCGAAAUGACUUGCAGUUGAGCGAGUCUGGCAGUGACAGUGAUGACUAGAGCCGGAUCUUUCGAAAUCAACUUUUUGGUGCACUACUAAGCUACAAGACCAGGCUAAGCUAGCAUGGUGUCCAUUGCCAAGAAGAAAAUGCAGAUCUGUGACUACAGUGGGAGUUUGAGACUCUGGACUCUCAUAUUCAAGUCUUUAACUUAGUGGUGAUGGGUGAUUUUCUCGUGUUAUUUUUGAGCAAUCUCAAGUUUCAGAGUUUUAAGUAGAUCUAUAGAAGAACUAACAGAAUUACUUUUCCAUUUGGUAACACCGCUAAUGAAAAACAGACAUUUGUGCCCUGGUGUAGGUUACUCAAAGGCUACCACUUUACCAGGCCAAUGAGUCAGUAGUCAGCCACCAGUUUGGCAAGUGCUCUGCACCAGUGAAAUGAAACACCGUCUUUUGAGGGGUAGAAGAGAGAGAGGAACUUCAAACUGCAGCAUAGAAGUACGUUAAAACCACUUUAAAUUGUUGACAUAGAGUGGUCAGAAGUUUUGUCUGACCCACCUGACAAGCCCAUGUAAAAAUGGACUUCAAGAUGGAAGAGUGUCAGCUGGGCCUGGAGCUCUGCUCAUUCAACCCUGUCAUUUCCAGACAAGGAAGGGGGCAGUACACUGCUGGCCUCGGCCAGUCUCCGACCUGCCCUCCAGUCCAGGCUUUCCCCACUGCUCCCUCAUUUACUUGUACGAGGGACUUAAAUGUACAUUGGAGCUUUUACUGGAUUCCAAAAGACGACAGUGUUGGGUCCUUCAGCUCAGAUUCAGAUAGUCCCUGAGUGCAUGAAGCUGGCUGAGCAGAGGAAACCAGCAGCCACUGUGCUGAUGCAUGUGACUGGGUUAAAUUGACUUUAGUUCCCUGUGGCUCCAUACCAAGUGUUCUUCAUUCAGUGGAUUUAGGGGUGGUAGGGGAGGGGUGGUGGAAGAGAGGUGCAGUGAAGAAACCCUUCUAAACAAGUUAACCAGUAGCAGAUUUCCAGAAACCAGAAUCUAGAUAGGAGCUCUGCAAUAUGAAACGAGCACAUUCUUUGAUAAGGUGUUUCUGUUCACGCUUUUGUACCACUGUUUGUGCCUGACUCUAGACUGAUUUGUAUUUUUUUAUAUUCCAACUAGAAGAAAGUCACAAGAUUGCCUUCUGCAGUGUGCAGUUUCCAAGUGAAUUUGUUGUUGCAGGAAACUGGUCACUAGUGAAUGUUCCAUAGUGAGUGAACGUGUGCAGAAUUGUUCCAUAAUUGGUGUGGACUAAUCCAUUUCUAUGAAUGAAUGUGUCCUGAGAAAUUUCCAUUUACUUUGGCUCAGUGGGUGUCAAGAACAUUAAAAAUGAUUUCUCCUCUCAUGUCCCUUCACCCAGGUGGCCUCCCGCCCCCCAGCUAGUGGAGGGGAGCCGGACCUAGGAAGGAAAUAGAUGGUCCGCGGUGGGGGCUUCAGUUAGUGUUUCGCCUUAUAGAUUCACCUGUUUCAUCCACUUCUGGACCCCAGGUUGCUGGCAAUGUGGGCUGAGACUGCCCCACUGAGUGUAGGUAAUAGGUCAGUUCUCUGUGGUGGUCUCAACCUGUCAUGUGGUUUCAGUGGAUUGAAUGGCAGGUAGGAACUUAUUUAUAAUGAAAUGAUAAUUGCUUUAUAAUUCCUUGGUAAUGACAGCUCAGGGAAGGUGAAGGUCUUGAUUGGGAGACAUGAAUUGUUACUGGAUGUGGGAAUUGUUUCACUGCUCUCAACCUGCUCAAGCUGGGGCAGGUUCCAGGAACUUGAACUAAAAUUAAGCCUCUUUUUUUUCACCCAAAGUCUUGAUUAAUAUAGACAGAACUGUGGUUUUUGGCAUGUUGGGCCAAAAUGUUUGUUUCAAUAGGAAAUGCUUGCAAGUGGCCCUGGACUUGGUAAGUGGAGCUCUCUGAGCUUCAGAUGCGCUCCCACCCAUUCAUCCUGCCCAACGCUGUGGUCAUCCCCUAGCAAAGCUCCAUCUCGGCCCCUGCACAGAUCUUCAGUGACCCCUCCCCGUACCCUCCAGCGUUACCCACCAGAGUAAGGAAUCUUUUUGGAAGACAAGAAUUUGGCGUCAAGGACUGCUCUUGAGUACCUUGUGCCAGCCAAACUGGACUUGUUCUUCCUGCCUCUGUGCCUUGUCAGUCUCUCUUCCUCUUCCCUGCUGAACGCCACUCCCGGGGCUCUGUAAGUGCCAUCUUCGUGGACUCGGCCUCUGGCCUUUUCAGCCCUCUCUGUGGACACACUGACUUCCUCUUGCUUGAGCUCUGGUUGGUGAAUACUCCCUUACAAACAGGGGGUAUCAUUCUCAUCUCUGUUCCUUGCAGUCCGCUAUCCACAGGAAUUCAGAUGCUGAUAGCCUGAUGGGGAGGAGGCAGAGAAAUCUAAGGGUAGAGUAGAGGGUAGACCUGGAAGAGACAGGCCAGGCAUUUGGCCUCAGCUGAAAACCAUCUCUGCUCAUUUUCCUGGCUUUGAAAUCUUGAACUGAAUGGCCACCGUUGCCCUUGUGCCCUGUAGCUGGGUGUCCACCACACUGUGGGUCAUUAGGCAGGAUGUGAAGACUGUCCUCGGAGCCAUGGCAAGCCACAGCAAAGAUGUAAUUUGGGAAAACUUAAUACAGAUAAACUAAAGAUUUGUAAAGAUGCCACUCGUGAACUGUAUCUGUAGCAGAAUCAUUUUUCAGUGUGUGGUAUUAAUUCAAUGUAUGUGCUUCAGUGGUGGGAUAACUUGAAAAUUCCAAAAUCCUUCCCUGUUCGAGAGGCUCGUUAAGUAGGGGUGUGUUUGUGUGUGAGAGUGAGUGUGAUGUAUUUAUUACAUGAUUUUGAAAGCGCAAUAGUCAUGAGGAUAUAUAUUAGGUACAGCCGGAUUGGAUGUUUCCAUUUGGCAAGGAAGGUAGGAUUUCUGAAACUCAGGCCUUAACCAGUAGUUUGGAAGACAAGACCUAUUGGAAUAUUAUGAAAUAUGUGUUUUUUGUUGCUUCUGUUAUUUUUGUCUUGGAUUCAUUGUCUCAUUCUCCAAUGAUUUUUAAAAUCUUGUGCCUAAAAGUUUAUUUUGCUUAAUUAUGAAGUAGAUGUGCAUGUUUACAUUUAUGUAAAAUAUUUGCCGUGUAAAGUUUUUUUGGUUUAUUCUCUUAAAAGAUCACUAUAUUUAAGUAAAAAAUGAAGGUCAGCAAUACUCUUGUCUUGGUG